AUGGUCCAUACCAGAUUUUCGUCUUCCUCUGGUUCUCCUGCUUAUUCAAAAAACAGCCCUCAAAAUAUAAAAAAAGAUAAUAAGAAGAGACCAUUGAGUGGUCAGGCUAAAGGUUGUGGCUGGUUGCAUCUUGUUGUGUUUAAAGUUGCAUUAGGUUGCAUCUGGUUGUGGCUGGUUGCAUUAGGUUGUGGUAGGUUGCUUUUGGUUGUGUUUAAAGUUGAAUUAGGUUGCACUAGUUGCAACAAGUUGUGGCUGGUUGCAUUAGGUUGCGGUUGGUUGCAUCAGAUUAUGUUUAAAGUUGCAUUAGGUUACAACAGGGAGUUGAAACAACCCAACCCUCAUGAGAUUUGGAUUGGUGUAGCUGGUAUGAAACUUCGGUUUGGGAUAGAGGAGUUUGCACUGGUCACGGGCAUUCGUUGUGUUGGAUCACAUGACAAGCAAGAAUAUGCUAGGCCAAGCAAUAGUUUCCUUAACACCUAUUAUAAAGGUAUGAAAAAGGUAACUAAGGAAAAUGUGCGUGAGAUUUUAUUUAAUAAAGGGUGGAAGAAUGAUGCGGAUGCAGUGAAGCUGGCCAACAUCUACUUGCUGCACAUCUUUUUGCUUGGCUCCUCUUCCUUGGAUGCUGUCAUUCCCCAAGCUGACUUUGAUAUUUUAGAUAGUGGGGAAUUUGGUCAGUUUCCUUGGGGUAAGGAAGUUUUUAAGGUUACUAUUGAGUCAUUGAAAAACAAUGUUGGAAAGAAAACUAAAGAUAAUUUUUACAGGCUAUAUGGAUUUCCAUAUGCUUUUCAAGUAUGGUUUUACGAGUGUUGCCCAUGCUUGAAUGGCAACUUUUGUCAUCUCAAUGCUGGAUCUAUCCCACGCAUUAUCAAUUGGACAAAUAGCGAAAAUAUUAAGUUUGAUAAAGUAUCUUAUACUUUAUCAAUGAGUUGUGCUGAGCUCCAACUUCGAAAUAUCACUCCAACUGCCAAGGAAAGGAAAAAACUUCACUUGGAAGAAUUAUUUCCAAAAGGCAAGCAGUUGGAAGUUGAUGGCAACCUUGCUGCUAAUGCUGGUGCUAGAGUUAUAGCAUCUAGUUCUGGAGUUGCACCUCAUUCUGCUAGAGUUGCAGCAAAUGUUUGUCCAAUUGCUAAUGUUAGUGAUGAUGAUUUUGUGAACCCUCCUCCUCGAUCAUUCGCAGGUGCUUCCUCAUCUUCUAUGCCUCAGUUCUCUCUACGUGAAAUGCAAGCCCAGUUGUUAAGAUUAGAAACAAGUCACAAGGUUCUUGUUUCUGAUGUUGCUUCUAUAAAGACAAUUGUUAAUGGAUUAAGUUCUCAUUUUGACUCAUCCAUUUUAAAGCUGCAUGACCUUAUUCUUUCCCAUAUUUUGGGAAAACAGGGUGAAAGUUCUGAUGAUGAUAUUGAAAGAAGAAGUAAGGCAAUGCAUGAUGAAUCUAAUGUUGGUGAUAAGGAGGAAGAGGUUGCCACUGAUUGUGUCAUUGAGGAAAAGUCUGAUGAUGAAGAGGAUGAAAAGGAUGAUGGGGAUGGGGAUGGGGAUGGGGAUGAGGAUGAGGAUGAGGGUGAGUCUGAUGAAGAAAAUGAUGGUUUUGAUCAUGAUGAUGAUGAAGAUGUAGAUGAUGAUCCUGUUGGAGAAGACAAAAAUAGUAAAGAUAGAGAAAAAGAAGAUCAUACUUAUAUUGUGUGUCCUAGUGGAGUCAAAGAUGUUAGUAGUGGGCACAAUGAAGAUGAUAAUGUUGUUGAUUUUUCUGAUGAUGUUGACAGUUCACAUCAGGUUGCACCUAAGAUUUUGGGGGUUGCAGAUUUUGCAACUGAGGUUGAAAAUGUCACCACAUCUGUUGGAGAGAUUGAUAAAGACGUUGCAUCUCAUUUUUCAAAUGUUGCAGAAUUAGAAACUGAGGUUGCACCUAAUCUUCCUGAAGUUGCACCUGAUCUUCCAGAGGUUGCAGAAUUAGCAAAGGUUGCAGAGGAUGUCAACGAGGUUGCACAGGUUGCAGGAACUAUUUCAUCCCAGUGUUCUUUUGAUAGUUUGUCUAACACGGCAUUGGAGGAGGCUAUGCAAAAUGCUAUUAAUGCUGUAAAAGCAUUCAAGACUCCGAAGGAAUCUACUCCUCAUUGCAUUGCUAUUGUUCCAUAUGUUGGUAGUGGUGGGAGUAACUUGGGAUAUGUUACUCCUAUUUUUCCAAGAAGAACAAUCAAGCUGCCUUUCUACUUGCAAUCUCCAUUUGUGCAGAAUUUUGAUUGUACUUCUGCUCAAAGUAGUGAGGCAAAAUCUGGUGGAGAUAUUAAGAUUAUCAAAGGGUUUUGCCCAUUGGAUGACAAAAUUGGAGAAUUGCCAGACUAUGAGUUAUCCCAAGAUUUCAACAAAUGGCUUGAUUAUGGAAUGAUAGCCAAGAACAAGGUGAAAAUGUAUUCAAAGGAAGACAACCUCAUUAUCCCUGGUCUACAACUCGGUGUAGAUGUGAUUUGCCAAAAGACAUGGUUCCAUACCCUUCAAUAUAGUGGCAAAAAUCUCUUUAAAACAUUUGCUUAUGUCUUUAUUUUGGGGUUGCGUUUGGUUGAUGUGGGUUGCUUAUGGUUGCGUUUGCAUGUUGAUGUGUUUUUUUAUUAUUUGAGGAAGAAGGCAAAGUACUGUGACAAUUGUACUAUCAAGUUUAUCACAACUGAUUCUCAUUUCCAGACUAGAAUCAAUUCUAUCUAUGAGACAUUUCUAAGUUGGAAACGUGAUUUUGGGGCGUUGAAUUGUAAUCAAUAUGUUGCAGAAGUUAUCAUGGGCUAUGCCUUGCCUUGCAACAUUUCUUGGUCUAUGGUUGAUCAUGUCUUAUUUCCUAUCUUGCUUAUGAAGGAAAAACAUUGGUUGUUGUGUAGAUUAUCACUUAAAGAUAGGUCAAUGUAUGUAUAUAAUACAUUGACAUGUGAUAACAAGGACCACAUUGCUUUAAAAGCAGUAGAGUCAUUUCGUAUAUUGCUUCCUCAUUAUUUGUAUAUCACUGGAUUUUAUGACCGAACAGACAUAGAUUUCUCAUCUGAGGCUUAUGCUGGGAAGUCAACGAGUUCUGCUUUUGAUGUAGUGCUGGAUGAUGAUUUGCCAUGUGGGUUGUCCUGUGAUAGUGGCAUUCACAUGUUUUCAUUUGCGGAGUACUUUGUUCAAGAUAAGGAUAUUCCAACAUCUACUUUUGAUGUUGAAACUCAUAGAUCUAGGCUUGCCUUUUUGUUUUAUUCAUAUGCAAAGGCAAAGGAAAUUUAUGGAUAUGAGAGUGAGUCUGAGUAUUCAGGUCGGUAUGUUGCACCUCGCAAGGCUCAAGCAAAGAAGAAAAAGGAAACAAGAAAGGAUAAAGACAAAUAUGUUUCUUAG